CUUCCGCCAGCAAGCAAAGUGUGAGCGUUCCGGCAACAACCAGAAGGGCUAGCGUGUUGUUUGCCGCUGUGCAAAACGUUGUGUUUGGAAAAUUUCUUGCGUCUGACCGAGGGCAACUGGAAGAGGAGCCGCACGGGUCGCCAGCCCCUCCGGCAAAGUCUGCGUCCAUCGAAAAACGAACAAGUGCGGGUCGGAGUUUUGCCAACCGGCUGCUCAUACCCUUUUUUGGCGGUGGCGGUGCAACUACGUCAAACGUGAGCCAGGUGGGCACGUCAGGCGCAGCGAAGAACAAAACCAACAACUUGCUGCUCCCUCCCGGAGCGCCGCCAUCAACGCCGAACCCGCAAAAGGGAAGUGACGACGACCAGGAAGAGCCUAUCAGCAGGAGCGACUCGUUCGCGGAUGCCAAGCGCAGGCUCUCGAACCAGGAGGACCACGCCGCUAUGCUGUUGCGUUUGAGUGUGAACAUGGAUAGCACGACCGCCGUCGGUAUGUCAGCGCCGCACAGUAAGCAGCGAGCAGUGAACUUUGCGAAGGAGGACGAUGAAGAAGACGCACAGGACCUCGUCACAGGUGCGGGCGGGAACAAUCGCGAACUGCACGACGAUAAUGAUGAGCGAGGAGAUUCCAAGAGUACCCACUCCCGCGACACGGCUGGUGGAAGAGCGAACCCGCGGCCUCGGGCGUCCGCAGCAGCGGGCGAUUCCGGCAAGCCAAGUGCAAACGCGACCACUGGUGACGAAACUUUCCUGGGGCAGUCUAACGAUGCAGUUGGCCAAUACGUUGCUCCAGGCGCACUGGUGUUGCCGGGUGGGCCACGGAAAAGCAAGCGGAAUGCCGAUGACGAGAGAGCUUCGUCGUCGUCCGGGUUCUCAGGGGUCGACGAUGACACUCCGAAAGUGCAGCUCUCGCGGUCGAC